AGACAGUUGGGAGGAGGAGGAGGGCAUUAAGGGAGAAGACAGCUAUCAAUGACAUCAACCAGUUUCAGUAUCUGAAGCCGCCCGACCGGCCACCCUCUGCCCACAGAAGGCAUCGGAGAGGCGCAGCAGGAGCGUAAGAGGAGGACACGCAGGACGGCGUGACAUGCAUCCGCCUUUAUAAGGCAGACUCUUCUUUUUGAGUGGAGCUCUGCUGCCACUGGAUUACACUCCAGCCGUGGAAGCUUCCAGCUGCAAAUCCACCCACAUGAAUCUCGCAGACGGCAUAGAAGAAGAAGACUGUGCACUUCCCGCCAAGAGUGCCUACCCCUGUUGAGUGAAGCCCCACCCACAUCUCUGUCGUCUCCAAGCAGCCCUGCAGUGGGACCAUGCAUCGACACAGCACAGGUGGAGCUCUCACCCAGUCCAGGAGGCUGAUCCCUGGGCUCCGCCUCAGGACCCCCCUGCUGUGUCUACUGCUGCCUCUCGUCAUCCUGCUCAAUAAAGUGAACAGUGUGCAUGGAGCACUAGCUGCUCCCAAGUUCACCAAGAUUCCCACAGACCAGAUUGGCGUGUCAGGAGGCGUGGCAUCGUUUGUAUGCCAAGCUACUGGGAAUCCCAAGCCGGUCGUCUACUGGAACAAGAAGGGCAAGAAGGUCAACUCUCAGCGUAUCGAGGUGACCAUCGAGUUUGACGAAGGCGCAGGCGCCGUGCUGAGGAUCCAACCUCUCAGAGCACCUCGAGAUGAGAACAUCUACGAGUGUGUGGCACGCAACAGCGAAGGAGAGCUGUCAGUCACUGCAAAGCUGGCCAUUAUCAGAGAGGACCUGUUGCCAUUUGGCUUUCCCAGUAUCGACAUGGGCCCCCAGCUGAAGGUGGUAGAGCGCACAAGGACAGCCACCAUGCUGUGUGCCGCUAGCGGAAUCCCGGACCCAGAGAUCUCCUGGUUCAAGGACUUCCUGCCCGUUGAGCCUGGCUCCAGCCAAGGUCGCAUCAAACAACUCCGAUCAGGGGCGUUACAGAUCGAGAACAGCGAGGAAACGGACCAAGGGAAGUACGAGUGCGUGGCCACCAAUUCUCAAGGGGUGCGCUACUCUUCGCCAGCCAACCUCUACGUGCGAGGAGCGACAGACACAUUGCGCCGCGUCCCCCCUCGUUUCUCCAUCCUUCCCUCCAACCAUGAAAUCAUGCCGGGAGGGAGCGUCAACAUCACCUGUGUGGCGGUGGGCUCUCCAAUGCCAUAUGUCAAGUGGAUGGUGGGCACCGAGGACCUGACCCCUGAGGACGAGAUGCCGAUCGGCCGGAACGUACUGGAGCUCAACGGCGUGCGAGAGUCUGCCAACUACACAUGUGUGGCCAUGAGUAGCCUGGGCAUCAUCGAGGCCACGGCUCAGGUCUUAGUCAAGACUUUGCCAAAACCUCCUGGUACGCCCAUUGUCACAGAGACCACAGCCACCAGUGUAACCAUCACCUGGGACUCUGGUAACCCCGACCCAGUCUCCUACUACAUCAUCCAGUACCGAGCUAAAGGUCCGGACAGCAAAUACGAGACGGUGGACAGCAUCACCACCACACGCUACAGCAUCGGUGGGCUGUACCCCAACACAGAGUAUGAAAUCAGAGUGUCGGCCUUCAACAGUAUUGGUCAGGGACCACCCUCUGUACGUGUGGAAGCCAGAACGGGAGAGCAGGCCCCAGCCAGCCCGCCCCGAAACGUCCAGGCCCACAUUAUUUCACAGAACACGGUGAUGGUCCGCUGGGAGGAACCGGAGGAGCCAAAUGGACAGGUGAAGGGCUAUCGCGUGUACUACACCAUGGACCCGUCCCGUCCGAUGAAUGAGUGGAAGAUCCAUAAUGUCCAGGACAGUGUGAUCACCACUAUACAGAGCCUGGUGACCUCCGAGACAUACACCAUUCAAGUCCUGGCCUUCACCUCAGUCGGGGAUGGGCCCUUCUCUGACCCGGUCCAUGUUAAAGUCAUGCCAGGAGUUCCAGGACAACCGGGGAAGUUCAAAAUUGGGAGAGUGACAGACACCAGCAUUGAACUAACCUGGGAGCCUGCAUACACCAAGGAGGGCAUCAUCAACUACGAGCUCCUUUAUAAACCUGUCAAGUUUGGUAGUUUGGAAAAGCUGACCUUUGGCCCACGAAACGCCUACACCGUGGAGGGUCUGAAAGCCAACACGGAGUACUCUUUUUCCCUGGCCGCCAUCUCAAACAAAGGCAUCGGCGCCUUCACCAAUGAACUGGUGCAGAGGACAUCACAAGCCAAGCCCUCAGCCCCGCCCGAGGGUGUGUCCUGCGAGAGCGCCAGCUCCACCUCUCUGAGAGUUAGUUGGAGGCCGCCUCCAUUGGAGGGCCAGAAUGGCGAUUUGGCAGGGUAUGAACUGAGGUACCGCAGAGUUUCUGGGUCAGGAGGCAGAGGUCAGGGCCAGGAGGUCAAUGGGCUACCUAUCCCGGCCCAGCAGGGGAACACACUAGUAGAGGGGCUGGAGAAAUGGAGCUGGUACAACAUCACCAUGGCAGCCUCCACCUCUGAAGGAAUUGGACCCAACAGCUCACCUGUGCUCUGCAGAACUGAUGAGGAUGUUCCAGGCGCAGCCCCUCGUCACGUGGACGUCCAGCCUUUCAAUUCCUCUGCACUUCGGGUCACUUGGCGGUCUGUUUUGCCAAGGUUGCGGCAAGGUCAGAUCCGUGGCUACCAGGUGCACUACAGCCGUGCUGUGGGCAGUGAAUCCAGAAACCUUCCUUGGAUAAAAGACCUCCUGUUGGAUGAGGCUCAGAUGGAGGAGGAUGAUUCCACUCAGUAUGAGAUGAUUUUGGGAGGCCUGAAAGCAGAGACUUUGUAUACAGUGUCGGUAGCAGCAUACACUACUAAAGGUGAUGGAGCACAUAGCAAAGCCAAGUUGGUGCAGACCUCAGGGAUGGUGCCUGCCUCCCCCUGCCUGUGGGUGCGUUUGGGAUCGGGUCCAUCAGUGGUGCUGCGAUGGGCUCCUCCACUGGAAUGCUCAGAGUCGGACUCUGAUGGCCUGAGGCUCCCACUGGAAAUUCAUGGCUACCGCCUCCAGUUUGGCCUGAAGAAUACCACCCUAGAAACCACAAUAGAGUUCCCAGUUAAUGAGAAUAACUUCACCGUCACAAACCUCUCCCCAGGCUCCUCCUACGUUUUUGUUCUCUCUGCGAAGAGCCGAGCCGGUUUCGGAGAUGUAGCGCAGCGGGAAAUAACAGUGCCCGUCUUUCCGCCUUCAGGAUACCCAAAAAUAUCUGACUUUGUUAAUGCCACUUGCUUCUCCCUCCAGUUCUCCUGGCUGCCCCCUAACCAAGAGGAAUGCAAUGGCAUCAUCACAGAGUACAACAUAGCUUACAAGGAGGCUGCACGGCCAAAACCCUCAAGCGUCCCCGACCCCUUUUCUGUACCAGAACUCCCUGCUCCCUUGCACGUGGUCACACUGUCAGCGAGCCAGUCUAGCUACACAAUCUUGGGCCUCAAUCACGGCACAGCCUACGAGGUGCAACUCAGAGUCCGCAACAAGGCGGGGCUUGGCCCCUUCAGCCCCCCUCUGGUGUGCCGAACCCUGGCCUUUGAAACAGAUGUGCCAAGGAAUUUUUCAGUCAAUCUGGCCACGAGGACCAGUGUUCUUCUAACGUGGGAGUUCCCAGAGAGCAGCAACCCUUAUCGCUUUACUGUGGAGUAUAACCGGCAGAAGAUGGAGGUGGACGCUCGCCUGAAGAAGGCGGUCAUCCCAAACCUUCAGCCCGACACCAGCUACGACUUCAAGAUCACAGCCCCAGAAGGCAACAUGGGCGGACUUCGCCACCGCAUCACGGCCAAAACUUCGCCGCCUAUUACCAUCCGUCGCCCUGAGAUUGACCACACCCGCGACACAGAGACCACAGUCACCAUAAUCCUGCCGUCACUGGAGUCUCGAACACCUGUCAAGAAUGUUUAUGUUGUUGUGGUUCCACUGAGGAGGGCCAGAGGCGUCAUCAGACACCUCAAGAGCCCAGAUGAAAUGGACUUAGAGGAGCUGUUGAAAGACAUCAGUCAAAAACAGAGAGACUCUCGCCAGCAGAAGCAGGUGGACCUGCGCCGCGCCUACAUCACAGCCCGCUUCACACCUGCCACCCUACCAGCCUUCUUCACCCUGGGGGACCAGCUGGACUACGGAGGAUUUGAGAACCGAGCAUUAGAGCCCGGGCAGGAAUAUGUUUUCUUCAUCCUUGCAGAACUCAACUCCACAACUGGGAAGAUGUACGUGGCCAGCCCAUAUACAGACCCUGUGAUCGCCCCAGAUUCAGACCCCCAGCCCCUGGAUGCAGGUGAUGGUCUCAUUUGGGUGGUAGGACCCGUACUGGCGGUGGUCUUCAUCAUCUGCAUUGUCAUCGCUAUUCUUCUCUACAAGAACAAACCUGACAGCAAGCGUAAAGAAUCAGAACCGGGAACGAAGAGUCUUUUGAGUAAUGCAGAGAUGAUGGCCCAUCACCCUACAGAUCCAGUGGAGAUGAGACGGAUCAAUUUCCAGACUCCAGGAAUGAUGAGCCAUCCACCAAUUCCCAUCAGCGAGCUGGCAGAACACAUAGAGCUGCUGAAAGCUAACGACAACCUCCGACUUUCACAGGAGUACGAGUCCAUUGACCCUGGUCAGCAAUUCACUUGGGAGCAUUCCAACCUGGAAGUCAACAAGCCCAAAAACCGCUAUGCUAAUGUGAUCGCAUACGACCACACCAGAGUCAUCCUGGCGCCCAUAGAAGGUGUCUUGGGAAGUGACUACAUCAACGCCAAUUACAUAGACGGUUAUAGGAAGCAAAACGCCUACAUCGCCACCCAGGGGCCGCUGGCUGAGACAUUUGGGGACUUUUGGAGAAUGGUGUGGGAGCAGCGGGCGGCCUCUGUUGUCAUGAUGACACGCUUGGAAGAGAAAUCAAGGAUAAAGUGUGACCAGUACUGGCCGAGUCGAGGCACAGACACAUACGGGACAAUCCAGCUAACCUUGCUGGACACCAUGGAACUGGCUACAUUCUGUGUCCGCACCUUUUCCCUGCAUAAGAGCGGCAGCAGUGAACGACGAGAGGUGCGUCAGUUCCAGUUCACCGCUUGGCCAGAUCACGGCGUUCCGGAGUAUCCAACCCCCUUCCUCAACUUCCUACGCAGGGUCAAGGCCUGCAACCCCCCAGACGCCGGACCAAUCAUCGCCCACUGCAGCGCCGGCGUCGGCCGCACAGGCUGCUUCAUCGUCAUCGACGCCAUGUUGGAGCGUAUCCGCCAUGAGCGCACCGCUGACAUCUAUGGUCACGUCACCCUGAUGCGCUCGCAGAGGAACUACAUGGUGCAAACCGAGGACCAGUACAGUUUCAUCCACGAGGCACUCCUGGAAGCUGUGGCCUGCGGCAACACAGAGGUGGCCGCGAGGAGUCUCUAUUCGUACAUGCAGAAACUGGCCAAGGUGGAGAACGGCGAGCACGUCACUGGCAUGGAGCUCGAGUUUAAGCGACUGGCCAACACCAAGGCCCACACGUCCCGCUUUGUCACAGCCAACCUCCCCUGCAACAAAUUCAAGAACCGGCUUGUCAACAUCAUGCCCUACGAGACCACUCGCGUCUGUCUCCAGCCCAUCAGAGGCCUAGAGGGGUCUGACUACAUAAACGCCAGCUACAUCGAUGGUUACAGGCAGCAGAAAGGCUACAUCGCCACCCAGGGUCCACUGGCAGAGACCACUGAGGACUUCUGGAGGAUGCUGUGGGAGCACAACUCAACUAUCGUGGUCAUGCUCACUAAACUGCGAGAGAUGGGCCGGGAGAAGUGUCACCAGUACUGGCCAGCUGAGCGCUCAGCCAGGUACCAGUACUUUGUUGUGGACCCAAUGGCUGAGUACAACAUGCCCCAGUACAUCCUGCGGGAGUUCAAAGUAACAGAUGCCAGGGAUGGUCAAUCACGAACAGUCCGUCAGUUCCAGUUCACUGAUUGGCCCGAGCAAGGUGUGCCCAAAUCUGGCGAGGGCUUUAUCGAUUUUAUUGGUCAAGUGCACAAAACUAAGGAACAGUUUGGCCAGGAUGGACCAAUCAGCGUUCACUGCAGUGCUGGCGUGGGUCGGACAGGUGUCUUCAUCACUCUGAGCAUUGUGCUGGAGAGGAUGCGCUACGAAGGGGCAGUGGACAUCUUCCAAACUGUCAAAAUGCUGCGGACACAGAGGCCUGCCAUGGUGCAGACUGAGGAUGAGUACCAGUUCUGCUACCAGGCCGCUCUGGAGUAUUUGGGUAGCUUUGACCACUAUGCAACAUAAGCGAAGACACAACCAGAAUGACGGAGCAAAGAGGGAUAUCAACACCAACGAGGACUCAAAAAAAAAAAACAAAUCCGUGUCUAACAACAGCCACGCUCUUUUCUUUUGCUGAAGAGCUGUGCUAGACUCUCCAUGUGUAAUCCAUAUACUUACCUCAGUGUUCCAGUGUGAAGGACGUAUAAUAAUACAUACUGUAUGUGUCGUGGUCAGCUAUCUCCAAUAUGAACCAGUCAAAAACAGGAACAGGAAUUCUGAUUCUCUAUGUGUAUAAAUGCUAAAAGAAACACACAAAGAGCCUGGAUAUUUGCUGCACCCGUAAUGGGCUUUUUAUCCUCAACUUUGUAUCUAUUGGUUUGGUGUACUCAUGGCUUACAAGAGUGCAAGGGUCAACAUUUCUAUGUGGUCUCUUUCUAAGGUGUCAUUAUGAUAGCAGAUGGUUAGGUUCUGGACGGGCCUGCUAGAGACGCACCUGGACGCUCCAAGACAAGACGCACAGUGCCAACACGAGCCAAUCAACUGUGGCCUCAAUGGCUUAACAUGAAUUGUGAUGUCAGACCAAGAGAGACUCUGAAUAUUCCGGACUGGGCUGGCGCCUUUGACGAAGCUUGCUUGCGAUAUUUGCUUGUAUUGCGCCUUCAUCCUCCUCUUCUUCACGUCAGGCCCAUCGUGUCGGCUCCAAUGGUGGCUUAUUGACAGGGAUGCUGUUGAAAGACUUUUCCUAUAUUUUGUCUUAUGGUUUUGUGUGUAUGUGUGCGUGUUUUUUUUUUUAUUAUUAUUAUCAUUGCCUUAUGCUGUUUGUGUUUUAACAUGCUGCUUUGCUCACAUUGUCAUAUAUCUUAUUAUCUUACAUGAUCUUAAAGUGAGGAAGAAAGCACCCUCUGAAGCCAGCUUACUUGAAGUGCACCACAUUGCAAUUAAACCUUACCAUUUAAUCAUGAAAAAUACCGUAAUGACCCAAAUAUAAGACGACCCUGAGUAUAAGUUCCCAUUUUUGGCAUCAAAUCUAAUCAUCAUAACUAGCAUCAUAAAUCCCCCUUUUGGUGAUUGCGUCCAACCUUUGACACACUUUUUUUCAAGUGUGUCAUAACUGUAUCUCUCCAGCUCAUCGGUGUGUGUUUUUCCAGUGACGGGAAGAAAAGCUCUGCCUCGCUGGUUUGCAUGUAUGGACUCUGAAUACAGCAUGAGUCUUUCUAGGGAAUAAUACAGUCAUAUAUUCUGGUCAAUACGGUGUUCUUUACUUUAAAUCCUCUACAGUCCCAUUCGAAUUCCAUGUCCUUAACUUCCCAAUUGAUGUUUUGUCCUCUCAUCAUAACUGGUGGUGACUACAGAGCACAGCAGCAAUGCCAUAGUGCAGCAAAUUGAUGAUACUUCCGCCCGAAAUCCUGUACAUACAUUUUAAUACUGGAGUCCUGCUAUACAGCUGAGUUCUUAUUGUCGCAAAAACAAGCCUUAUCGUGUAAUAUUUAUUUAAUGUGAUUUGUUUUUCCCCCCCUUUUUUAAAAAAUAUUUAUGAAUCUAUUUUAUUACAUUUUAUGUUGUUUUUAUUUAUUUAUUUGGAGUAUCUAGCAACUAUAACCAAUACAAUGUCGUUUUCUGUCCCUUUUUUAUUUUUAUUUUGGUGCUCUGUUGAUUGCUUUCUUUCAUUUGCUCUAUUAUAAAGUAUGCCCUCUGUGCAGGGUGCUAUUUGAUACUGAUGUCCAAGUAUUAGUUAGAGAUGUAUAUUAGAGGCAGGUAGUUUAAGUUUACAGUGAUGCCGCCCCAGGCCCCUACUCGACCUCCAUAGCGACAAGAUUGGUGAUCCUAGCAACAAGGUCAAAGGGCAUCAGAUGUAGUUUGCUAAAGCACAUGGUAGCAAGUGUAUUUUUGACAGAAGGCUCAGCUACACUUUACUCGCCCUUAAAAAAAUUGUUUGAAAAAUAAUAUGAAGUCGAUGUGUGGUCUAGAAGUCUUGACAGUGUGUGACAUAUAUGGAAAUAUGUUAUUUCUUCACUUUCUAAACAGUCGUCGUGUCAAGAGAACUACUUUAAGAUACACACACACACACACACACGAGGCGUAAUGAUUAUGUGUCAAGGGCCAGCUCUGAUGACGCCAUCCUCCCUCACUUAUGUACCUGUUCUUUCCUUUAAAAAAAGACAUAGAUGUAGAUAUAAUAUCUUGACUUUGUAUUAAAAGCAGAUGAUUGGAAAUGCAGCACCGUGGAACUUUGUUGUCAUUGCUGUUGUCAUUGCCGCCAGAUGGAGACAAAGAAGCGGAAAUGCGACAUGGUCAGGCAGCCCCAAGUUGUAUUUGUUUCUUCCUCGUAAAUUUACGGCUUUAAACCUGUAGUAUAUGUUUUUUUUUUCUUUUCUUUUUCAGCCUGGUCCUAAUACUCCUUCGUAGGACCACUAGCUUAAAAAGGAACAAUCCCUAUUUAGAGUCAAUAAUGCAGUCUGAUUCGACAGAUCACCAAAAAAAUCAUCUAAAGCUUUGGGACUCCAGCGAACCACAGUGAGAGCCAUCAUCCACAAAUGGUGAAAACAUGGAACAGUGGUGAACCUUCGCAGGAGUGGCCUGCCAACCAAAAUUACGGCAAGAGCAUCGCGACGACACAAGAGGUCACAAAAGACCCACAACAACACCAAAAGAACUGCAGGCAUCACUCGCCUCAGUUAAGGUCAUGACAUCUGGCAUAAAAGUAAAAAUCAUACUAACAGUAAAAUAAGGUGGUGGUAGUGUGAUGGUCUGGAGCUGUUUUGCUACUAGGACCUGGAAGACUUGCUGUGAUAGAUGGAACCAUGAAUUCUGCUGUCUCCCAAAAAAUCUUUUAGGAGAAUGUCCGGCCAUCUGUUCAUGACCUCAAGCUGAAACCAUCUUGGGUUCUGCAGCAGGACAAUGAUCCAAAACACACCAGCAGGUCCACCUCUGAAUGACUCAAGAAAAUCAAAACGAAGACUAGGGAGUGGCCUAGUCAAAGUCCUGACUUGAAUCCUAUUGAGAUGCUGUAGCAUGACCUUAAAAAGGCUCGAAAACCCUCCAUUGUGGCGGAAUUACAACAAUUCUGCAAAGAUGAGUGGGCCAAAAUUCCUCCACAGUGCUGUAAGAGACUCAUUGCAAGUUAUCGCAAACGCUUG